UAGUUCGCGUGCUUGGCUUUGUUGAAGAACGUAGCAAUCUUUGAACACAACUUGUAAAGAGUGACGUUAACAACAAUUCUCUUUUCCGCAGGUACAUUUUGAGACGAUAUCAGCACACGAUUCUUUCUCGUCCUCCACGUCCCAGUCGUUCUUCUUUUUAAGUUUGGCUUUUGGCGUCCUCGUGUGGUGAAAGUUGGCGUUACAGCCAACAAACGUCACCGCCUGACGAAACAAGGGGGGGGGUUUAACAGCCUAUUCUUUGACUCCACCGACUUUAAUAUAAAGAGAAACUAAAAGAGGAUGUCUGCUACGUCAUCGAGAGAUCGACUCCAUCCUCCUCCCAUGUCCAAGUUUGGAGAGUGGCAUUGAGGAAAGCUGAAAGUUCGCUCCUGUGGUCCACCCUGAUGGUACCACCGAGACGCCAGGGCUCCCCGCUGGAGAUGAGAUGUCCCCUCAUUUCAUGGACACCAGCGACGAGGCUCCAUCGGGCUCUGAGCGAAAGACCUCGGCGGGGUACGUGCCGGGCGGCAAAAGACGACUGAAGAACCGAGACGCCGCCCGCAAGAGCCGUAAAAAACAAACGCAGCGGGUCGAUGAACUCCACCAGGAGCUCCUGAGUCUGGAGGGUUUGAACUCUGCCCUCGAAAAGGAGAUCGAAGCCUUGAAAAAAGACGUCCGUCGCUACACCGCGGCGCUGGAGCGCCACCGGCCCUUUUGCGUCCUCCGAGGUGCCGACGGCGCCCUCUGCCCCUCCGCGUCGGCCGCCCCCCAUCUGUCGCCCUCGUCCCAUUUCUGCCCUUCCGGUCUUACCUCACGCGCUCCUCAUUCGGCGUUCAGCCGAGACGCGGACGCGGAAUCCCCCCAUUUGCCUUCCUCGUCCUUCUCCACGCUUCAUCCCGAAGACGUCCUCUCAGUCACGUCUGCACUUUUUCCCGACGAAGGCCCGGGAACGGUUGCCGGUUUCGAGUGCCCUUUCGUAUCGGAGCAGGCCGACGGGAGGCCGGGGGAGGUCACGCCGUCGCUCGAGUCCAUUCUGCCGCCGUUUCCCGUUGCGCCCGGCACGCCGGACGACGUCUUCGCUCCGAACGCACCCUCGAUGAAGCCGUGCCCGGGUGAGCUGUCGCUGUCUGAUCUGCUGGAGGGCAAUGACUGGAUCCUGAGCGGGGUCAGCAGCCCGACCUCUCCGGAAGGGCACCAAAACGCGGUCGCCGAGGACUCAUUUUGGUGUCCCGCUUUGUGGAAAUAACAAAUAUAACAGCCCGAUGCCACACGGCAAACUCUGGUAAUCCCCAUUCAUUCGUUAAUUUGCAUAUCUGAUAUAUUUAACACCAUUUGGUCACACCCGCGAGCUCAUUUGUUUUGGGUGUAAUAUUUCAUUCAGCCUAUUAAUUUGAUUGCCUUUGUAAAGUAUCAUCACACGGCAGCUGAUGUUGUAGAUGCAUUGACUAACCAAGAAUAAAAAAGUAAAUACAUUUAAAGAAUGGCAUUACAUUUUACAUUAUUUAUUGAUUUUUUUACAUCCUGUGUGGGGGUGAAAGACAUAACGUGAGGUACACAGUUUUCACGGGGACGUUUUGAUUGAUGGGUCAACGAGGGCGGCACCACUGCAUUGCAGAUUUUGCUG